CAUGACUGGAGUUAAAUGCCUGGCGCUGAAGCAGAGAGGAGCAGACAAUCUGCAGUGAUCAGUGGCCGCCUGUCCUUCCACAAUCAGUCCCGGGAUUCUCCUCCUCUACAGGGGAACAUGCUGCAUCCAGAUCCCUGCCAGGCUAAUCACUGACCGCUCAACUCCGCUACUGCUUACUGAGGCGCCAUACCCAACUCUGCGCUGAUCGCCCAUCCUCUCUACUGCCCCUGAGAUCUCCCCUCUCUCUCUGCACCAUGACCGGAGUGUUUGACAGCUUGGUGUCAGACAUGCACAGCACCCAGAUGACCACCAACAGUUAUCACAGUCUGCACAAAUCCCAGGAGUCCCCGACCCUGCCCGUCUCCACCGCCACCGACAGCAGCUACUACACCAACCAGCAACAGCAACACUGCGGAGGGGGCUCACCCUAUGGGCAGCUCGGAUCCUACCCCUUCCAUACCACCGCCAUCAACGGGAUCUCCUACUCUGCCAAGUCCUACGAUCUGGCCUAUAACGGCUCCUACAGCUCCUAUGGACCCUACGGAGCAAGCCCUUCACCUACACACAACGAACCAGAGAAAGAGGAGUGCGAGCCCGAGGUCAGGAUGGUCAACGGGAAGCCCAAGAAAGUCCGCAAACCCAGAACCAUCUACUCCAGCUUCCAACUGGCCGCCCUGCAGAGGAGGUUCCAGAAAACCCAAUACCUGGCACUGCCCGAGAGAGCCGAGCUGGCAGCAUCAAUGGGCCUGACCCAGACACAGGUGAAGAUCUGGUUCCAGAACCGGCGCUCCAAGUUUAAGAAGCUGUGGAAGAGCGGAGAGUUGCCCAACGAUCAGCUCCCGACUGGCAGCGAGUCCCCCGGCUGUCACUCCCCACCCCCCUCUGCAGUGUCAUGGGACUUCGGAGUUCAUCAGAGGUUACAGGGGCCCGGCAGUGGCCCUACCAUCCAGCCCCCCAGCUCCAGCCCCAGUGCCUUCCUAGGCAACUACUCCUGGUACCAAUCGUCCAACCACGCCACACACCUCCAGCCCAGCCCGAUCCUGCAGCAGCCUCAGCAUCACCUCCAUCACCACAGUAGCCCGGCGGUGACAGCGGGGACUAUCUUCUAGAGCACCGCGGGGGAGGGGGUUGUGACGGACUGACAAAGCUGGGAAUAACCCCCUCUAUUUCCCGGGAGAACUCUUACUUUCUGUGUCACCGAUCCGAGGUGGCCUCAGGUUCAAUACCCUGCUGGUGAUCUGAUGAACCCACCGUGGAAGGACGACCCCCUGUUGUGUCUUGCAGCACUGAUCCCCUACCUCCCUCCUAAACCGGUGUGGCGUGUGAGCCACAUGCAGCUCUCAGCACCAGGGCCCAAAUAAUCAAAUACUGGGUGAGAAUCGGUAGCAGAUUAGCAGCAUCCGAUCAUCGCCUUCUCUGCCAAUUGCCAAGGAGGCAGCUGCCAACAAAGGGUUAAUUCGAUGCUGCUAAACGAUUUCAAAUCUCACGUGUAGCCGAGCAAUCGUGAGCAAUGAAGACGAUCCGAGUCUGUUAUCCUGCCAUGAAAACGAUUGGGAUUAUAAUUCUCUCAUUAUUUUAUUUGUUAUGUUUUAUUAUAUGAGCCACUUAGAACAGGCCGGGGAAAUAGAAAAUGUUUAUUAGUAGGCGGUAGGCAGCAAUGACAUAAAAAAAUGAUGUUAUUUAAAAAAAUAAUAAUAAUAAUUAAUAUGAUUAAAAAAAAUACAUUUUAUUGCAGAGUAUCAGUUCCAAUGUCCCGGUUAUAAUGCCUUAUCGGGCUGUGCUGGAACUACAAGUCUCAGCAUACCCAGCAAUAUAUUCCCAUUCUCUGAUUAUAAUGUCAUGUGCUGGAACUACAAAUCUCAGCACACCCAGCAAUCUGUUCCCAUUCACUGAUUACAAUGCAUGCUGGAACUACAAAUCUCAGCACAGCCCGCAAUCUGUUCCCAUUCACUGAUUAUAAUGGACUACAAAUCUCAGCAUCCCCAGCAAUCUAUUACCAUUCUCUGAUUAUAAUGCCAUGUGCUGGAACUACAAGUGUCAGCAUACCCAAGUAAACUGUUCCCAUUCCCUGAUUAUGAUGGGCUACAGCAUUUAGCACCCCCAGCAAUCAGUUACCAUCCAAUGAUUAUAAUGCCCUGUGCUGGAACUACAAGUAUCAGCAUACCCAAUAAUAUGUCCCCAUUGCCUGAUUAAAGUUGGGCUACGACAUCAGUUUCCCCAGCAAUCGGUUCCCAUUCCCCGAUUAUAAUGCCAUGUGCUGGUACUAAUCUCAGCAUGCCCAGCAAUCAGUUCACAUUCCCUGAUUAUAAUGCCCUGUGCUGGAACUACAAAUCUCAGCAUGCCCAGCAAUCGGUUCCCAUUCCCUGAUUAUAUUACCCUGCUGGAACCACAACUUUUAGCAUGUCCAGGAAUCAGUUCCUAUUCCCCGAUUAUAAUGCCCUGUGCUGGAACUACAAAUCUCAGCAUGCCCAGCAAUCAGUUCCCAUUCCCCGAUUAUAAUGCCCUGUGCUGGAACCACAACUUUUAGCAUGCCCAGCAAUCAGUUCCUAUUCCCCGAUUAUAAUGCCCUGUGCUGGCACUACACAUCUCAGCAUACCCAGCAAUCAGUUCCCAUUCUCCGAUUUUAAUGCCCUGUGCUGGCACUACAAAUCUUAGCAUGCCCAUCAAUCAGUUCCCAUUCCCCGAUUAUAAUGCCCUGUGCUGGUACUACAAAUCUCAGCAUGCCCAGCAAUCCGUUCUUAUUCCCCGAUUAUAAUGCCCUGUGCUGGCACUACAAAUCUCAGCAUGCCCAUCAAUCAGCUCCCAUUGCCCGAUUAUAAUGCCCUGUGCUGGCACUACAAAUCUCAGCAUGCCCAGCAAUCGGUUCCUAUUCCACGAUUAUAAUGCCCUGUGCUGGAAGCACAACUCUCAGCAUGCCCAGCAUUCAGUUCUCAUUGCCCGAUUAUAAUGCCCUGUGCUGGAACUACAAAUCUCAGCAUGCCCAGCAAUCGGUUCCUAUCCCCCUAUUAUAAUGCCCUGUGCUGGAACCACAACUCUCAGCAUGCCCAGCAUGCUGUGAGCGGUUCCAAUAACGAUCGUUCCACUGACAGUUGAUCGAAUCACCCGAGCAGAUGACUCAUUUUUUGGAUUAGGUGCCUUUUUGGAUGACCUCAUUUUUAAUGGUAAAAGAUGAUUUUUUUAUAUGUAGAUAUAUGAAGCCGUGUUUUAAAUUAUCUUUUUUAAUAAAAAAGAAAAAAAAGAAAGAAAAAGAAAAGCCGCCACACCCGUGCAGGGCUGAUCUGCAUGAUCUGUAAUCUGCUGUACAGUUUUCUUUGUCUUCUCCUCCCUGACAUUCCCAUGUCCUGUGUACCAUGAUGAUUAUUAUUAUUAUUUUUGUGUUAUUCCUCAUCCAAUCCCAUGCUACUGAAUUCACCCACAAAGGUUAUUUAUUUUGGAUACAAUUUAUCCAUGUCAUUGUUUUUCUUUUCUUUUAUGAAGAGGCUAUUUAAAAUAAAAUAAAAUAUUGUUUUGAUGUAAA